UUGAAGGUCACGUGAUGAACAUGUGGAUAAAUAAAAACAAACUGAACCUUCAAAAAAUAAUGGAGUAGACAAAAAAUUUAUUUACAAGUCGAAUACAAUUUUUAGUAUCUACAAAUAUGGAUUCAAUUAAAGAAUUCAUGAGUAUUUAUUUAAGAUGUUGGGAACAAAGACAAGGAUAUGAAUUAGAUAGGUUAUUUAAAGAUGGAAUUAAAUCCUUUCAAAAUCUACCUCAAAGCAAGAAAGCACUUGCCCUCACAAUGGUUUUUGAUGAUACCAAAGGAAUUUUAGUUUUCCUUAUGAGAGAAGUUGAUCAACCAGAAAUAUCAAAAGACUUUCAAGUAGCAUUCAAUACUGCAUUUCACUUUUUGCAAUUUAUUAUAACAGACUUUCGAGACGUUUGUGAACCUUACGUCAUAAAAAUAAAGAAAUGCUGUGCUUACAUAUCAACUUUAAAAACAGCUACUUAUUUGCACAAAGUUUCAUGUAUGACUCUUAUUUUAUUGAUAGAGAAUUUUUCACACAUUAAUCUUCAGUUAGAUGAUAUUAUUCGUGACUGGAUGUUGAAAAUAAGAUUCUUUAACGAGAAAGAAUUGAAUCCAAUUUUACGAGUAAUAAGUGUGGUCGCUCGUUACUACCCUCAUACAGCAGUAAUCAUAGAGAAUGCUAAUUUAAUAAGAAAUUGUGCGAUGAAACUUUUCGAUAAACUGUUUCAAGACAUUCAAAGAAAUAAACCACAUGUCUUACAAAUGACCAUAGAAUCAUUAGUAGAUUUUCUCUACAAUUUUCCUCUAAAUGAAGAUGAUCCUGAGCUGCUAAAAUUUUACAGUAAAAUCAAAGAAGUCAUUAAAGUUUUAGAGAAGAAAAAAAAGGAAACAAAAGAUAAAAUUAUUGAAGCUAUUAUAAAAUUCAUUACCCAACAGAUGAUGACAUUAAAAAAAUUAAUAUUAUGCGAUUAUGACUUUUGGCUUCGAUUUUUACUUUUGUAUCAUAAAGAUGAAGCAUAUGGUAACAUUCCAGCAAUAGCAUUAAAAGUUUAUUAUGAAGUCAUGGGUAUAGCAUUAAGUGAAUCAAUUGAAAGCCAUAAACCUGAUGUCAAUAAAUUAAAACGAAUGUUUCUACGGAACUUGGCUAAUGAGUCUAUCAGUCAAACAGAUUUACGUUUGUCUGUAAGUGGAUACACUAAUCUCACUGAAGCUUUGAAAAAAGGAUAUGGUGAUAGUUCUGUUGAAGAAAUGUAUUCAAUUAUCGCAAGUCGAAUCCUCCCACUUUAUUUCAGUGAAAGUGAAGCUUCCAAUUAUUUUGACGAUAUCGCAGAUUAUUUAGAAUCUUUAUCACGUGUUCUCCUUCAUAUGUCCAACGUAUCAAAUAAUCAAAUGAAAGCUUUAGUAAGACUUUGUAUUCUUUUCAUUAAAAGAUAUCCUGAGCUGUCUCUCGUUAAUCAAAGCUCAACAGUAAAGUUAUUCAAAAAGUCACUUUCUAAUAUUGCCAAACUUAAAGUUCAUGUUGUUCAAGAAUUUAUGAAGAAUAUAAUUUUCGAAGGAAUUAUCUGGAGCUGUUCUCAUAGUCUCUUGAUUGAUGCAGAGCUCCAACAAGAGUUGGAAAAUCUAGACAAACGGCCAAUUUGUUAUAAAAAUUAUGUUCCAUUGUGGAAAGAACUAUUGAAUUCAGCAGGCUAUGAACAAAUUUCUAUUCCACAGCAAAUUGUUAAUGAAAUAAUUGAAACAUGCAUCAAAUUGAUUAAAACAUUAAACUUGUCAAUUAAAACACGAGAGGAUAGUGUGUUUUCUGAUCUUGCUUUAUCAAAAAUAGCUGAAAAUGAAGCAGACUUUCGAAUAUUUCUUAACAUGAUUGAUUUAUAUGAUGAAAUAUUUGUCGAUAUUUCUCCUAUUCAUCUGAAAGAUAAAUUUUCAAUAUUUGUAUACGAAAUCAUUAAAGCUUCUUAUAAAUAUCCAUUGCUUUCAGGAUUUUACCGGCUAAUGAAUCGUGCAUUAAAUGUAGAGGACUACUUUGAUACAGAAGAGCAAGUUGAUAAGGAAUUAUUUAAAAUGAUUUUACAAUACUUGCAAAGUAUCCUGAACUCAGUUUAUCAAUUUCCGUAUGAGCUGCAAGUUUCUUGCAUUCAAUUGAUCUUACAUACUCCAAUAAUCUUCAUAUUACAUUUAAUCGAUCAUUUAGUACCAAUUUUUAAAAUCUCAUUAACAGUUGGAUUAAAUGACUAUGAUGUUGCUAAUAGUGCUCUAUCUGCACUAGAAAAUUAUUUAUCACUAUUGGAAAACGAUAAAAUGAAUGUAUUCAUCAAAGAAUUAAUGCCUCUUUUAGAAUUAUACUUGAGAAGUAAAGAAAGCUUUCAAGUCUACGAUGAUUCUACCAUCUCAAAAGAAAAGUCAACAAAAAAUGAUGAUGAUGAUUUAGAAAAAUUGCAAAAAAGAAUUCUUUUAUUAUUUGGAAAAUUUGAACUCUCUGUAGUUAUGAAAUUUCUACAUAAUCAAUCAUUAAAUACUGGAGCAACUUGGGAUAAAAAAAAUCUCUUAGAAUAUUCUAUAAAUUUUCCCGAUAUGAUUAUUGAUGUACAAUUGGAUAUAGUGUUACCACGGAUUACUGAAUUGGCUUUAAAUAGUAGUGAUAGACGAACAAGAGUGGGAGCAAGUGAAGUACUUCAUUCAAUCAUUGCUAUUUUACUCGGCAAAACUGUUAAUCAAAUAUCUCCAAAUUUAUCUGAGGGUCCAGAUCGAUUGGCUCCUUUAUAUAAAACUUUAUCUCCAGUUUUAUUAAGACUUGGAUCUGACUCUGAUGAAGUUAUCAGACAACUGUACAACCCUUUGACAUUACAAAUAACACAUUGGUUAAGUUCUCGAUUAAUGUUAUACUCACCAGCCGUUGGAUAUUUUGUAGAUGCUUUAUUUGACGGUCUAAGUGAUGAAAAUAAUUUUUCUCUUAGAGAUUUCUCAGGAAUUUGUUUAGCAGAAUUCAUCAAGUGGUCUAUUAAACAGUCUAGUGAUCAUGAUUUAACAAAAUCACCUAUUAACAUUAACACUGUAGUUGAAAAUAUCACCAACUUUGCUUUGCAUCCUUCGAAACAUCGAAGAAUCGCUGCUGCUAUUGCAUUUAAUUAUCUUCAUGUCCAUUUCUCCCAAACUGAAGAGAUAAUUGAUAUUUUUUGGUUUGAACUUCUGUAUGCUUUUGUAAAAAGUGUCAAUGGAUGUGAUGAUUCAAAUAUUCAAAUUACCAUUAAUCAUCUCCAGAAUAUAUUAAUUAAAAAAUCAAGUAUUUUUAACGCGAAGAAUCCUCGUAGAAAAAUCCCUACAGAAUUUAAUGGAGGAGUACUCAAAGAUGCUGUUGAUUGGCUAUUUACUCAAUGCAGUUCAUCAGAUUGUACUUUGAGAAAAACUGCAAUGAAUUUAUUUGAAAAUCUUUCUUCAAGUGUUGAUAAUUGUGAUUCUCCAGCAAAUGCUGUAAAUAAUUAUAUAGAUGCUAAUGGAAUAGAAGGACUUAAUAGAAUUAUUUUGAAAGAUGCAGAUGAUACAAUUAGAAGAAUAGUUUUGGAUUCAGAAAAAUCUCUGAACUAUUUAAAAAAUAUUUUAAAAACUUUCAACUGUUAUACUUGGUUAAUUGAAAAAAAAUUAAUUGAUACGAAUCUGCUUUUCUCUGAUCUCAAUAUAAAUAAGGACAUUAUUUUCACCUGUAUAGAAAAUUUUACUUUUGCUGUAUUAAAUCCUGAAAUGAACGGAGACUUGGUAGAUUCAAAAAAUGUCACUCUAGUCUAUGAUUUUCUAUGUCAAGUAAUAAUUGCUUUAUUUGAAUUAUUAUCAACAAUAUUACAUACGGAAAUAUCAGAAGAAAAUUGGGUGCACAAUCAAUUAUUUAUUAAUGAAAAUUUAUUCACACUCAUUUCUCGAUGUAUUAUUGAGCCUCAGGAAGCAGGAUUUGAUGUAAAGAAUUUAUUGAUUACUGAAACACUUCCUACUUAUCUGGAGAAACUUUUGAACAUUAUGGAAAGGAAAGUUUCUAUAACAACUAUUCAUUUUAUGGAGAGUCGAUUAAAUAAUGAUAUCCAAAAAGUUGCUGAAAAUUUAUUUAACAUUGAUGAUGAUUUUGUAGAUGAUUAUAUGAAACGAUUAAAUAUCGUUAAAGGAUUAAUUUUAUUAAAUAAAUGUGGGAUAUUUGAAAAACUAAAUGUAGGGAAAAAAAUUGUGUCAAAUUCUACCGAAAAAGUGUUACAAAUUUUUGAUAGUCUUAAAAUAGCUGGAACUGCUGAUAUUUUUAUAACAUUGUCAACAGAAAAGAAGAUGUAUUUAGAAUAUUUGUUAAAAUUAUUAUUACACUACAACACCAACUCGACAAAAAUAAUCAUUGAAAGACUGCUAGUUAAUUCUGCAUCACUAGACUCGGAACCGAGUACAAAUAUUUCUCAUGGAGAAUACUUUUUUAAUACAUUUAAAGAUGUUAUAAUUUCUAGUCUGUUGAAUGAUCUAACAGAACUUUUUUUAGAAUUGUCUAAUUUAUUACAACAUUACCCAGAUGUUGCUUUAUUUCUAAGCGAAGAAAUAGUGGUCUGGGUUUUGAAGCAUAAAAAUGAGUAUUCAGAAAUUUCUAAAAAAUUAGCUGAGGAAUUUAUUAAAAAUUUUCAGAUGUUUCAUCAAUCAUUAAAUGAUCAAGAGGGAAGAAAAAAAUCGUUUACUAAUAUUUAUAGUGCCGUUGUACGUUUAAAAUCUUCCAAUGUUUUGCAUAAAGAUGAACCUUUGUAUAUUUGGAUCUUAAACGAAUUCUCAUCCACUGAUGAUCUAGCUAAAAAAGCUCGAAUUCUGAAUAACUUUUUAAUCUGUUUAACUGAAGAAGAAUCAAUAUCGAGGGAGUUGGGAGUUAUUUUAGGAGGUCUGAAAAAAUGUCGACCGGAAAAUUGUUGUGAAAUUCUUCAAGGAGAUACUCUAAUGGUUUCCAAAAUUAUGGAGUGUUUUCAAGCAUUAAUAAAUUUACUUCCAGUUACCAAAUCUAUUAAUGUUCUUCAUGCUACAAUUAUCUUUUCAAUGGGAAUUGGUAAAUCUGUAUUUAAUGACGCAGCUUAUGGAUACCUGUUUCAAUAUAUCAAUAGUAUUCCAGAAACAAGAGCAUUAGAAUCACUAAAAAUAACUUACGAUUUAUUUAUGGAAAUAUCAGUAGUGAAGGAAAGGUUGGACAUCAUUCAUUAUUUUUUAAUUCCAAUGAUUGAAAAUUGUAAGUUUUUAAUUAUAGAACAAUUUUUUGAAGAAAAUAUUCAAAAUAUAUUUACAAUUAUUUCUCAAGAAUUACCAAGAUAUACAGCAGACUGUCGAAAAAUGAUUGUCUCAAAAAUUUGUUGCUUCAAGUUACUCGAAUUGAUGUUCAAUAAAAUAGAUCCUGAACAAAUAAAUGACAGAGAAGGAUUGUUUGCAAAAAAUAUUCUUGAAGAAAAUUCCAACAUCUCUGUGACUCAAAAAAUUUUCAAAUGUGCUCUCCAAGUACGUAGUUGGAAAACAGAAGUAAUAGAUCAUGAAGAAAUCUUGAGACUUCUUCAUUGUGCAGCUUAUAAUUGUUGUAUAACAAUAGCAAGUACGACAAGAGAUGAAAAGUACUAUCUCUCUUUGUUUGCAGAAAAUAGAAAAUCAGGUCAACUCAUAUGGGAGCAUAUUGUUGACUGCAAAAAGACUUACGAAUUAUCACAAACCUUUAGAGAGUAUCCGAAACAACAAAAAAAAUUAGUAAAUAUAAAAAAUACAUUAAGGAAUCGAUUAAAUGCUGAUUUAAUGUUUUAUUCUUAUAUGAAAAGCUAUAAUCUUACAAAAUCUACACUAGAUGAGAAUAUCCCUGCUGAAGAUUUUACAGCAAUAAAAUCAUCUGAGUCAUCACCGGAAUCAUUAGCUAUAACUCUUGAAGUUGAUGAUUUGAAUAAUCAUGAAUGCAUGUAUUCCAUUUGUGGUAUUUUGAAAAAAAUGAUAGAUGAUAAAAUUGGCGUUUCCGGUGAUGGAAGGAAUCCUCCGAAAGGUCUACAGUGCUUUGCUGGUUCAAUAGGAUGUGUUCAUUAUAAUGCUAAAUUGUUUAUGCUGAAGAUAAUUCUUAACAAUCAAGCAAUGUUCAAACCCUAUGCAGAACUAUUUUUAGCACCAAUAAUAAGUGUACUGAUUUCAAUGCUUACAGAAGGAAAAUUGAAUUAUAUUAUCACUGAUGCUUUACUUAUGUUGAUAGACUGGGCUGAAAUUGCUGUGCCUGAUCAAAGAAUUAGUGAACAAGCUAAUGAAUUAUUUUCUUUACUUGUUAAAAAAGUUGAUGAAGAUCUGCCAAGUGAUUAUGUUGUAAAGUACAACUUUAGAAUUGUUGAAAUGCUUGUACAAGUCUGGUAUCAUUGUCUGAGGAUUGCGCCAGGACUUAGUGAAAGAAUCAGGAAUACUAAACAAAAUCGAUUGAGAGCAGUUCAGUUAAUUUUAAUUUAUCUAGCAAACAAAAUGGCAGCUAAAUUAAUGAAUGAACCUGAUAUAUUGGAGUUUUUGAUAGAAUUUUUAAAAGAAAAUUGGUCAGAAAAAGAUGAAUAUGCUAUUCCAGCAUGUGAAGCAAUUAGUCUUUACCUGCAAUUUUCAAAUUACUCAGAGGAUAUUAUAAUAGAAGAUGAAAAUGCAGAAAAAAUCCGUCAUGUAUUCAGAGAAUUACAAAAAAGGAAUGCUGAUAGAUUAGUUAAAUGUAUUCAUGCUAUGUGUAAAGCUUAUCCAGCUUUAGCAGAUUAUUUUUUUGAAUUCAUUAUUGCGAACAGUUCGAAAAUUGGUCCUCCAAAUCUCGCUAAAUGUCUUGAAGUAUUUUUAAUAAGGAUACCAAAAAUGAAUGUUAAUGAUAUUCUUCGAGACUUGAAUUACUUGAAAUUCGUUGACUUAUUGAACAAUAAAGUCAUAUCAUGUGAAAAAGUGUGCCUUGAAAUCAUAGGAAAAUUAGUUCCUAUUUUAGAUUCUACUAAAUUAGUAGCUUAUGCUACUUUAGCUUCUGGAUAUUCUACACAUGAUUCUCCAGAGUAUCGAAAGUUGACUUAUGAUAUAUUCAUGAGUGUUUUUAAGAAAUAUUCACAGGAUAUUUCUGAAAGUUAUCAAUCACAACUUCUCGUAGACAUGAGCAAAAGAGUUCUUCUUCCAGGUAUCUUGGAUCCUUUUGAAAGUCUUCAAAUCCAAUUACUGAUAUUUUGGACUGAGGAAGUAGGACUAAAAGAAACAUGUGUAGAAAGAAUGAUUGAUAUUCUUGAUGUGUAUUCACCUGAUGUCGAAAAAGAUUUCUUACCUAUCUUUGCAAUUAUAUUUUUGCAAUUAACUAAGAAAUCUCCUAAAUAUUCACGAAAGAUGUUUGAAUCUUUAAAUUCAAGCUGUAAUUAUAAAAAUUAUCAAAUAGCCAUAUCAUGGAGGAUGAAAAAUUUAAGCUAUCGAAUUCCAUUAUUCACUUCAUCUUAUGCAAGUCAAUACACACAAAGAUUUACUUUAUCUAGUUUUGCUGGUGAUGAAAUGAUAUCGGCGUACAAUAAUUUAAUGCUACGAGCAACAUUCACAGAUUCAGAUCAGUCUGCAACAAACGAUACAUUAAUACUAGGAAAAUCUUCGACUUUAACUGAAAAUGAUGUUUUUAUUGUACCAGAAGCACCAUCGAGGAAUAUUUUAUCAAAGAGAUUCUUAAAAAAUCCAACAGUAUCCUCUACUAUACUUAACAGAAAACUGGAACAUUACCAAGCUAGAGAAGAUGCUUUUAGACAAAAUUUAAAUAAACAAAGAAAUUUAGUAAAGUUAAAUCGAAUGUAUAGAAUCGGUGAUUUUCCAGAUAUUGAAAUAACUCAUGAAUCAUUUUUAACUCCUCUACAAGAGCUCAUAAAAAAAGAUCAACUAAUUUGUAAAGAUUUAGUUGUUUCUAUGAUAUAUUCUUUACUUAAUCAAGUCCAAAAUGAAUCAAAGAAUGGUAAAAGAGAAAAUGGCAAUAAUUUAACAGUCAUUCUAGAAAAAAAGUUGAAUUAUAUUCUUGAGAAUCGACGAGGAAGUGGUUUAAUAAUUGCUGCAGUUCUAGAGAUUAUGUUCAAAAUGGAUGAUAUAAAAUUCAAUCCAACAAUUGUGACUCAUGUAUCACAAUUAGCUGGUUUUAAUACUCUUGGAGCACUUUUACUUGAAAGGAAUUUAUACACUGACACUGUAGACUACUAUCCUCCAGCAAAGAGAAGCCGUAAUGACGCUGGACCAAGUUCUUCAGUGGAAACUAAUCAAUGGAUAUACCUCGCAGAGUUGUAUGAAUCAAUAAAUGAAGUGGAUAUCGUUUUAAGUAUUUUCCAGAAUCAUGUUACAGAAAUUGAAGAACUCUGUGAAGCGGCUAUAGCUAGAGCAGAUGCGAAGUGGAAUAAAGCUAUUAAAUAUUAUGAAAAAAUUUGUAACUCCGAAGUAGAUACAAUCAGAAGACACUCUCGACAGGGAAUGUUUGAAUGUUUCGCUCGUUUGUGUGAUUGGCAGAGAAUAAUUGAAAUUGUACAACAAGAUUUAAGUUCACAAAAGAGUUUAGAAUUUAUUUUGGUCAAUUCUGAAUCAGUAGAAGAUGGAUGGAUGUCGGCUUGGUACUUCCAAGCAUUAGUUUACAGAAUUCUUACUUGGCAAACGUGUCCUGAGAAUGCCGAUGAUGAAGAACAAGAAAGAUGUAGACAAGAACAAAUGGUGUUACAAGAAUUUCAAAAUGAUUUAGAAGUUUAUUUAAAAAUUCCCAGCAAAGCUCAAAUGUUAAAAAAUUCAUUUGCUGAAGAAAUUGCUAGAAUUUGUUCAUUUGAACUUCAGGCAGAAUCAAAAGACUUCAUCAAUACUGCUUUAGACAAAGUUAGAGAGCAAUGGAAUCAAUUAAACCCACUUUCAGCUGCUCUACGAGCCAAAGAAGUAAUCAAAUUAAGAGGAAUUUCCAAUGUUGAAAUUUACAGGAAAGUUUUAGAUGAUCCAUCAAAGAUACAAUCAAUUUUAAUCAAAUAUUGGCUGACUAGUAUUCCCCAAUCGAAAGAUGAUCUACUUCCUUGGGAUAGACACAUUGCAUACAGAUGGAAUUGUAUGAAAGAUUUCAAAAACUUUAUAGAAGCUCGAGGCUUUGAAGAAGACGAAUAUGACUUCGAUUUAGUCAGUCCUAUCGUUAAAUUAAAGCUACAAAUGAUUGAAGCUGCUUUUCAGCAAGAAAAUAAAUCUCUGAUGAAGAAUUACUUACAGUUCGUUUUCAAUCAUCUUAUCGAAGACGACAAUGAAUUUUACAAUCAAUUCAAAUUGAAUAAAGUAAGAUUUCGAAUUUUAAGAGCAAAAGCUGGUAAUGCUGAAAUUAAAUUAGUCCAAUAUCCACUCAGUUGGAAAGAAGCUGAAGAGAUCUUACGUAAUGACAAUAUUGAUAUUAACACCCGAAUUUCUACCAGACAUUUCAUCAGUGAUUUAGCUUUAACAAUAAUAGAUUUAAGUACUAAAGAACCUGAACUCUAUAGAGAAAUUUUCAAUAAUAUUGAACAAUAUAUCCUGCCAUUUAUGUCAAAUCCCGAUGAAGAAAUUGAAGGAUUAAAUGCUUGCUGCUUGAAUAAUCUUAAAACAUCUUACAUGGAUGCUCUACGUCAUUCAAAGAACACAAAACUGAUUACAGACUGUUGUGAACGAUUAUUAAAAUAUUGUUACGAUAGAAUUUUAGAUAACGAAGAUAAUCGUGACUUAAUUAGAGAAUUUAUCAAAUCAACGUUAAAAGCUAUAGGAUAUGGUUCAAGAAUAGCUACUAACUAUUUUCCUUGUUUAUUAAAUCCUCGAUAUUUAGAAGAUACAGAGACAAGAAAGAUUUUUAAAAAAGAAUGUCAAAAAAUUCCUUCAUGGAGAUUCCUUAAGUGGCAAGCUCAACUUCUUACUCAUUUACCUACAUCUCUUGAAGACAUAGUAGCUCCUAUUGUGGAAAAAUUAAUACAAAAAUAUCCUAACGCUCUCAUUUAUAACUUAAAAUUAACUCUUGAUACUAAUUUAGAAUUUAAAAAUCAUCCUAUUGUUCUAAAAUACAUCCAAAAUCUUGCUCAUAAACAUGAAUUAAAUAAUUUUAUUAAAGCAAUGGAGUAUUUAGUCAGGCCUGAAUUAUAUUUGAUAUAUCAUCUGGAAAAGUUACUAGAAAGUCCCAAUCUUGGUGAUGCAGAUCUCAUUGAUAAUUUGAUGAAGAAAGUUUAUCCGGAAGAAACAAUUCCUUCAAUGCAAGGUGAUUUAUACAAAUAUAUUACAAAAUAUCGUGAAGAUAUUUUUAAGAUGAAAAGUAUGACGAUAGGUGAAAUUAAAGAGCAUGUAGUCAAGUUAAAGGAGGAAUUACUGAAGAGUUUGAACAAAAAAAAGGAUAGCAAGUAUUUAAAAGAUUAUAGUCCUUGGCUCAGUGAAUUUUGUGGAUCAGACAUUGAAAUUCCAGGACAAUAUUCUGGAGACCAAAAACCAAUGCCAAAAUAUCACGUGAAGAUAAUGAAACUUGAGUCGAAAGUCCAAGUAAUGAAGUCAGGUAAAAAGCCAAUAAAAGUAACAUUAAUUGGAAAUGAUGCAAAAAAUUAUAACUUCCUAGUGAAAUUCGGUGAAGACUUGAGACUUGAUGAAAGAGUUGAACAAGCUUUUGGAAUAAUGAAUGAGAUAUUACAGUCAGAUAUGUCUAGCUCUCGGCGUAAUUUAGCUUUGAAUACUUAUCAAGUAGUAGCACUUUCUGGAUCCUUUGGUCUUAUUCAAUGGAUUGAUAAUACCAAAAAUCUGAAUGAUUAUAUAGAAUUUAAUUUGAAUGGAGCUCAGCAAGAAUUACUUGAUAAAUUGAAAUUGGAAUAUUCUAAAUGGAUUUAUGAUGCAAGUCCUAAAGAGAAACAAUCAGUUCAAUACAAAGAAGCUUUAAUUAAAUAUGAUAAACAAGCAGUCACAGAAAAAAUGAAUAGUUUAAUGAAUAAAACAGAGUGGUGUCUGCUUCGACGUGCUUUUUUAACGUUAAGUCCAUCAUUAGAAAGCUUUAUGUCUUCAAGGAGAAAUUUUAUAAUUACAUAUGGAACUAUGUGCAUUGGUCAUUGGAUUUUAGGUAUUGGAGAUCGACAUUUAGAAAAUACUUUGAUAUCCGUAGAUUCUGGCAAAACCACAGGAAUCGAUUUUGCAAGUGCUUUUGGAGGUGGAAUUGAUCAGCCAGUUCCUGAAUUAGUACCUUUUCGAUUAACGAAUCAAAUAAAAGGAUUGAUGAAGCCUUUUAAUGAAAAUGAUGAAUUCAAAGCAAUUAUGAUUCAUGUUCUUCGGGCUUUAAGAAAUGGUAAAGGACCUUUGCUUGCUUAUCUACGAGUAGUCGCGAAUGAAAACUUGAAUUGGAUUGAACAUGCUCAAAAACUCUCAUUGAAAAUUCAAGAAAAAAAUCGAAACAUCAGUUGGUUGGCUUCCAAUAAAUUUGAUUAUGUUACAUUGAAAUUAAAUGGUAAAAAACCAUCGGAAGCAAUGCUGAAAGAAAUGAAAGAUCAACAUUAUGAUACUAAAUAUUUCCCAAGAUAUAUUGAAAUUGUAAGUGGAAUCGAAGGAUCUACUAUAUCUUUGAGAGCAAAGAAAAAUGAUGAUGAUUUAAGUGCAGAAGAGCAAGUAAGUUGUUUGCUGGAUCAAGCAACAGAUUUGAAUGUGCUUGGACGUAUGUACAUGGGAUGGACUCCAUGGAUAUAAUAGUGAUUAAAAACAAAUUUUCAUUUAUUAUAUUCAUGUGACAAUACGUGCUAAUUUUUUCAGUACUUUUUUAAAAAUAUAAAUUAUUGAUUUG